GCGAGAAGCACAGCGAACAGUUCUUCCACAACCAAACCGUGAGACAUCCAGGAUGCGUGUGUCGGCGGUGCUGCUUCCCCUGCUGCUGUGUGUGGUGGUGGGGGUGAGCCAGGUGCAGGCGGAGGUGAAGGCGGUGAAGCUGUGUGGAAGAGAGUUCCUGAGGGCUGUGGUCUACACCUGUGGUGGGUCUCGGUGGAGGAGGCUCCUCGCUGACCCUGAACUGGAAGAUCUGGCCAACAGUGAGCAGGGGAGUAUGGAGAACCUGGGCACCACUUUAGGGUCCAACCUGAGCCGACGAGACAUCAACAACAUGCUCACCACCGUCUGCUGUCAGGUGGGCUGCCGCAAGAGUGACCUCACGUAUCUCUGCUGAAGCCCGGGGUCGGUGUGACCCCCCUCCACCAACACCCGCCUACCCACUGCCUGAACCCUCAUCACAGAUUCACUGUCAUCUUUGCCAAGCGCGCUCUGCCUUACCUUACACCUAAGGCACAUUGUUUUAAACUGUUUUCGUGAAAUCGAAACACUUGCACUAGGAGAAUCAGGAAUCACGUAGAGCUUUAAGAUUGUGAAUACUUGUUUUGGUGGGGAUAGCCUAUAGAGAUUAGACUAGUUCUGUAGAUCAUUGAUGAUGACCGUAGCACUGCAAGAGAUGAGAACCAAAGUUGUGAAUUCAUGGAUUUUCAUCUAGUUUUAGUCUGUAUUUCAUAUAGUUUUGUGAGCACUGUAUUUUUUGCCAGGCUAAAUAAAUGUUCUAACUUAUACUUGG